UGCGUCAGUCUGUCGCUGCAAAACUUUAUUGCUCCGAACCGGAAGACAAAGCGAGCUACGUGUCAGGAAAAGGAGACUCGGCUAAAUGGGCGAAGGCGAUCAGGCCGCCUGAGCUCACCUUAUUGGAAUACUUUCUUCAGUUUUAACUUUUCUUUUUUGGCUUUGACUUUUAAUUAAACACAAUAAUCAGGAUUUGUGACAUUGAGAAGUGACGAUGUUAACAAAAUUUGAGACGAAGUCGGCCCGUGUGAAAGGUAAGAGUCUUCCGGCUGCAGCUAGCUGACGAGCUAACAGGAGCUAGCUGACGUGUAACAGAUCAUAUACUCAUUUUGUUGUAAUUAUUCUGUGAUUAAAUAGUUAUUUUAAUGAGCAAAUGUAACAUACAGCUUGAUUUUGAAUUUCUGUGUGUCUGUUGGUUGUUAAAGUGAAAUUAUACUGAAUUAGACACGACGCUCCGUUGCGAGUAGCCAAUUCGUCAAGAUGUACCAUAUGAUCUUAUACUGAACUGUAACAUUUGAGACAGAUAUUUAUAUUAUGAGUUAGUUAAUGAUCUGAAUUCACAUUUCAGGCCUUAGUUUUCAUCCUAAGAGACCAUGGGUUCUUGCAAGUUUACACAACGGAGUGAUCCAGCUGUGGGACUAUCGGAUGUGUACACUGAUCGAUAAGUUUGAUGAACACGAUGGUAAGACAGCAGCAGUCUGGAUCAAUCUAUGCUCCUGUUUUUAUAAGAUUUAACUCCACACUGGGGUCUUAACAGAUGUCUAAUAAUCUUGAUGUGUCUUUGCUCAAAGGUCCAGUCAGAGGAAUUGAUUUCCAUAAACAGCAGCCUCUGUUUGUGUCAGGAGGAGAUGACUACAAGAUCAAGGUGAGGGGCUGAUUUUACAGACUUGCAGUUCAAGUACUGGACAAGGGUCUGGAUCAAUUCCAUUGUGAUGCAGAAGGAUGAAGCUUGAACUAGCCGUCAGUUAACCCCAGAUAAGUGGAGCCAAGUUACUGGAGGGAAAACCUUUUCUACUCACAUCAUACAGCCCUAGUGUAAAUCUUAUUGGUACUAACCCAUUGCCCAGUGAGUUGGUGGGUCUCUAGUUAAUAUUCAUAGAUUUAAUAAAUGUGAUAGUUAAAUGUGUGUGUAAAAUUAAGUUCAGAGCAGAACACCAAGUUAGACACCCCUUGGGAGACAAAUGUUGCAGACCACUUGCUUCUCUAGUUUUACCAACUUAAGUUACGACCGUAGGAUAGCAAUACAGAGCCGUCUGAGGAGCCAUAAACAAACCUCAACCUCGGUGUUAUGUUUUUUUUGCCGGAAUAUCCCUUUAAUGCCCUGUCAGUGGUUAUCUUUUACCAUAACAUUUCGCAUGUGUCUGUUGAUUAAACUUCCCUGUUUUGAUCAGGUUUGGAACUAUAAGCUGAGACGCUGCCUCUUUACCCUCCUCGGACAUCUAGACUACAUCAGAACCACCUUCUUCCAUCAUGUGAGUUGUUCUGCGUCUGUAAACUCCCGACAAUAUUAUGACCAUCUGUAUCUGUAAACUCAUUAAACCUCGUCCGUUCCUGCAGGAGUAUCCCUGGAUUCUGAGUGCAUCUGAUGACCAGACGAUUCGCAUCUGGAACUGGCAGUCCAGGACCUGCGUCUGGUAAGACUGCAGAGAUUUUUGAACAGCAAAACACAAUUAAGAUAGUAAUUGAUGAAUAACUAAAUAAGGCUCAAACUUUACGAAUCACUUUGAUUUCAUAUCUUGCGCAAGUCAGAACAUCCAACCCUCAAACUAUGGUGUAAAUAACAGCUGAGGAGUUCGGGUGGAAAGUCACUUAUAACAUUUACAUAUAUUAUUUGCCCUCAUGCUUUUUUGAGGAGUUUCUAAAAGUAGUACUAUCACUUUCAGGUAUUCUCUGAGGAAAGUGUUGUACUUUGCUACAUUUUACUCACAAUUACAGUGACUGAAUUUCAAAAAUUACUCAAAUAAACAAGUUUUCCUCAAACUUAACUAAAUACAUUUGUCUAAUUUCUAAUUGAUGAUCUUAUUCCACAAAAUUUGAUCCAAAUGUACAUGACAGGCCAUGUUUUAAAUCUUAUUUUGAGAUCAAAUAUUUUGUAUAAAUUCCUGUAGCAGGUUUUACAUCUUAAAAGAAAUAAUUGCACGCAGCUAUUGCAGACGUUUGUACUCAUUACAGUAAUUUGAAGACCUUAUUUGUAGCCUGUGAUAAACAGCUGCUCUGCACAGCCAGUCAUUACAUUAUUGUGCAGAAACCAACUAUAAAGAAACAAUGAGCCAAAAGUAAGCACUCAGCGCCUGAGCUACAUUUUAAUUAAAGUACUUGUGUAAAUUAACGAGCUGGUUGCUUUACCUCCUCUUGAGUAAAAUGUAGUAAAAAUGAUUUCACUCCGACUGGAGUAGAAAUAUUUCAGCAUUCUUUCCACCUCUAUUCUUGUGAUGAUUGUCGUCGUUGCUCUAAAUGAGAAUUAUCUACCCCUUCUUAUCCUCAGUGUACUGACCGGUCAUAACCAUUACGUGAUGUGCGCCCAGUUCCACCCAUCCGAGGACCUGGUGGUGUCAGCCAGUCUGGAUCAGACCGUGCGAGUGUGGGAUAUUUCCGGUGAGAGUCUGGGACAUGAAGGACCAGAGGACAGUGGGCUGGGUUGAGGAAGGGUUGGGAGGGGGGCAGAGUGGUAAGACGGAGGAGGAAGAAGCUGAAACAGGAUGAUUGAUAUCAAGUCCUACAUCGCCUCGUCCUCCUCUGACUUUGGAGAAGACAAAUCUCUGUGGGCUGUUCGCAGAAACACCUCUCUCCAAAAGAAUACAUCUUGUUUGAAUUCAAACACAGUAUGGUGUUUAUACCGUAUGAAGAAAUCGAUAACAUUCAAACAGGUUUAAGAUGUAUUUUUGAACACAAGCUCAUGAAGAGGGAGAGGUGCCUCUGUGCUUCUGCAUGCUCCUAGACUCUGUGUUUGUUGUUGUUGUUUCUGACGUCUUGUUACCUCUCCUCUUACUAACUAACAGUUGAUUCGCUCACAUCUGCUGUAACUCUCUGACGUGUGUAAACCUGCUUAGAAUGAGGAUCUGUAACUCUCUCCUGUCCCACAGGAUUCAUGUGCUUUCUUGAACUCACGUUUUCUGUCAUCACGCAUGAUUUCAGAUUCACAAACAUUUAUUAAUGAGCUUCGACACUGAAUUUUUAUCCUCUAUUCACCAUGCACCGCAUUCUUUUAACACAGGACGCCUCUUUUGCAUCCUAAGUUUUAUUAUGGGAAGUAUAUUACUCCCUAUAAUGCUGUUAUUGACAGUUUUUGCUUGAUUGAAUACUGUUCAGAAAAAAACCCAUCACUACUAACAGGUUAGAGACUCCAUGUAACCACAUAGUUAACCUUUUUGAUACUUUAAACACUGUAAUACUUCCCCUUGGCAUGACGGCUGCACAGCUGACUCCAUGACUCGAACUUUAACAUCAAACAUCCAUCAGUCUUCAUAUUUCUCUUAGCUGGAGUCACUUCUUUAUCACCAGUCUCACUCCUCAUCCUCAAACUGAUCCCUUUUUUUUAACCGCAUGUGACUCAAACAUGUUUGCAGAAAUACGCAUGAGCCUCUUAGAGAGAGAAACCUUCAUAUUCCUUUCAUCCAAACGCCCCAUCAGAGCACGUCUUUACAAACGCCAAACACCACCCACCCAUCCGCCAAGUCCACAUGCUCCCUGUGUCCUCCUUAUCCCAUGCUCUACCCGGAAACAUCCACUCCUGCACAUGGGUUCCUAGUGCCAUACCUUCCCGCUCCCCCUCCUCUUAAUUUCAUUCCUUCAUGCUGCUGAACUUUCUGUUCACCGCAGACUUUUAACGGGCAGGAAUCACCGACACAAGCUGCUGUGUUUUCUCAGCCGUUUUCUGUUUCCUGAUCUCAUUUGAGUCUGGGAGGUAAUCAUCGUCUUUCUUCGCUGUCCAAUCAAAUCAUGAAUAGUUUGUUAUUCGUCUGUGUGCCGGUGAUUCGUUAACCCAAUCAGCACGACUCUUACUGUCAUGAUUGCUUCCAGACUUAAGUCAGAGGGAGAAUGAGAGAGCCGAGGUUGUGUUUGUGUGUUUUUCCAGCCUGUGUGUGUGUUCAGAGGUCCAGCAGCUCUCAUCAUCCAUUUCUUUCAUAUUUAAUGAUUUCAGUAAUUGGUGUUUUGUUUUCCCUCUUGCCCUGAACUGUGGUUGUGCCCUGUGUAACAUGAAUAUGGCUCCUUCCUUGCACGCGUUGCCUUGAAUGUUGGUUCCAGGUCUGAGGAAGAAGAACCUGUCUCCUGGCGCUGUGGAGACGGAGGUGCGCGGCAUCUCUGGAGUCGACUUGUUCGGCGUCUCCGAUGCUGUUGUCAAGCAUGUCCUCGAGGUGAGCAGAGGGUUUGAAGAUCAGAUUCUGUUUUUUUUUAAAUGUGAAAUGUUUUCGUUUGAGUUGAUCAAACUUUAACUUCACAGAGGAGGGACUGAAGGUUUUUUUUGCUUCUUUAAAAGUUGAGCCGUAUUGAAGUUGGAUGCCAUCCCCUUUAAGAAAACAUCUUAACUCUGUUAUUUGGCCUCAGGCUGCCAAAUUUCUAAAAUGCCUCCAGUCACAUUCAGGGUGACAAAUAUAGACCACAUUAGUGUGAACAGAACAGCAUGUACCUGUCAGUACCUAAAGAGCCGAAGAGAAACAAGCUCAGCUCUGUCGCAGGCUUUUCCAAAUCAUCACUGACGUCCAAGAUUUAGAGGAUUUCAUGGAAAAUACCAAUUAAACCUGUUUUUGAGGUUAAAUAUAGAAAAUAUUGGCAGUUCUUUGUGUUUCCAAGUCCUGGGUAGUUCCUCCUAAUGUCAAAAACAAGAAGAAAUAAGGAAGUGAAAUUACUCGUCUGGGUUGGUCUUGAACAGAAAGAGUUGUGUGUUAAUGAAAAAGAUGCACAGCGAGCGGCUCAGUCGCUCACAGAUCUUUUAAAUUAACCUUUUCUUCUCCUUUAAAUCGACAUUUUUUUUCAUAGUUCUGAUUGUGUGACUGCGUUUCUCUGUCCAGGGUCACGACCGUGGGGUCAACUGGGCAGCCUUCCAUCCCAGCAUGCCCCUCAUCGUGUCUGGAGCCGACGACAGGCAGGUCAAGAUCUGGAGAAUGAACGGUGAGCGACUCAGACAUCAGUGAUCAACAGUUUGCUCCUCUCUCUCUCUGUCUCUCUCUCUCUCUCUUUCUCUUUCUUCAUUUGUUGAUGUCAGCAUCACCUCUUUGGUCUCCUCCUCCUCCUCUAAUCCUCCAGAAUCUAAAGCCUGGGAGCUGGACACAUGUCGCGGUCACUACAACAACGUGUCCUGCGCCGUCUUCCACCCACGCCAGGAGCUCAUUCUGUCCAACUCUGAGGACAAGAGCAUCAGGGUGUGGGACAUGUCCAAAAGGACCGGAGUGCAGACCUUCCGCCGGGACCACGACCGCUUCUGGGUUCUGGGAGCUCACCCAAACCUGAACCUGUUCGCUGCAGGUAGGUGGUGAAGCUGCUCUGCAUUCUGCAUGUCGCACAAACUCUUCAGACUCUUUCCUGCCACAAAAGAGCUUCAAACUUCAGUCCUGUUUGUGUGACACUUACACUGAAAGACCACAUGUGUGUCCUCCAGGUCACGACAGCGGCAUGAUUGUGUUCAAGUUGGAGCGUGAGCGUCCUGCAUACGCUGUUCACGGCAACAUGCUGUACUACGUCAAGGACCGCUUCCUCCGCCAGCUGGACUUCAACAGCAGCAAGGACACGGCUGUCAUGCAGCUGCGCAGGUGGGUCCAAAACUCCCUCUUUGAUAUCUUAGAUCAGUAAAUGAAGAUCUUCAUUUAGAGAUCUGAGUGUGACACACUGUCUUUUCUACAUGAUCUUGUUCUAGCGGGUCCAAGUUCCCGGUGUUCAGCAUGUCUUACAACCCUGCAGAGAACGCAGUCCUGCUCUGCACUGUAAGCAUCUCUUAAUUAAAACACUCACUCAAGUUACUCCCAUUCUGAUAUUUACAGUCACUUAAAUUAAUUAUUUAAUUGAUGUAAUCUCAUCCUCCUCCUGCAGAGGGCGACCAACCUGGAGAACAGCACUUACGACCUUUACUCUAUCCCCAAAGAAAGCGACUCUCAGAACCCUGAUGGUAAAAAAAGAAACAUCUCUCACUGAAGUUCAGAUAUUUCCUCUUUCAAGUCAUCCAUAAAAAUGUAAAUAUUGACAAAAAAGUAACACAGAGUCUGUGUUUCUCUCAGCACCUGAAGGGAAGAGGUCUUCUGGUCUGACUGCAGUCUGGGUGGCGAGGAACAGGUUUGCCGUCCUGGACCGUAUGCACUCUGUAAGUUCUUUUUGCAGGUCUAGAAAUUAUGGAAAUGUUCUGGAAAAAUACAGAAGUAUAUUAAAAGAUGAGAUUUAAUCAUUGUCCCACAAGUCCACGCCCACUCAGUCAACAGAUCAGUUGCAGUUGACGGAGCAGUAAUCACCAUUUUCAUUUGCAUAUCUUGUUGAAACAUGAUCUCCCGUGUCCUGUAAGAGUUUUAUAGAGAUCCAAGUUUGGGGGGGUGGUGAGAGGUCGCUACCUUUUUUAAAAAUGUUAUUCUUAUUUUUAAAAUUUCAUUUAUUUUUGGUUUUAUUGGAUUGCAACGUACCUGUUACCUUUAUCGGACUGCUGUACUUGUUUCCCUUUAAAAGCUGUUCACAAAAAAAUUAAAAAACAGAGCAGCGCCGCUGUAGAAAGUAAUGAUCUGAAAAUCCUCUGUCUCUACUUCAGCGGUCCCUUUAGUCUUUUUAAAAUGUGUAAUCUUCCUUUAAAUCAGCUCCUCUAACAUCUCCCACUCCUCUCCUCAGCUGCUGAUCAAGAACCUGAAGAAUGAGAUCGUGAAGAAAGUCCAGGUCCCCAGCUGUGAGGAGAUCUUCUACGCCGGCACAGGCUCCCUGCUGCUGCGGGACGCUGACGGCGUCACGCUGUUCGACGUGCAGCAGAAACGCUCCCUGGCCACCGUCAAGAUCGCCAAGGUCAAGUACGUGGUGUGGAGCUCCGACACCAGCCACGUGGCUCUGCUGGCGAAACACGGUGGGUGGAUUAGAUGAAUAUCUGCGAGUCUGAACAUUGUUAUCUGCUUGUUUGUGGAGCCUGAGCUGAGGCUGUGGAUCAUCUCUCAGACAUUAACUGUGUUUGGAGAAACCAGAGAGAGGCACUAAUGAGAUUUCAUCACCUCUUAUCAUGAGGCUGAAAGAUCUUUGCUCGUAUUUUAUUAUUCUGCAGCAAACUCUGCUCGAUAGUUCCACUCGAGGAGAGAAGAGGAUGCUGUGUUUGAAACAUUUACUCUUUGGGGUGUCCUUUAAAACGCUCCAAAAUCUCUUGACGUAGACUUAAUUCAAAUCUCUGCUCUGUCGUUUCCCUCAGCCAUCAUGAUCUGCAACCGUAAGCUGGAGAGUCUGUGCAACAUCCACGAGAACAUCAGAGUGAAGAGUGGAGCCUGGGACGAGAGCGGCGUCUUCAUCUACACCACCUCCAACCACAUCAAAUACGCCCUCACCUCUGGGUAGGUCCUCCUCAAAAAAACAGUGGUGUAUAUUCACUGUCUGAUCUUGACAUUCAUCCAAACUGCAGAAAAAAAGAUCUUUUCAGGGUUGUGAGAUUUACCGGCCUCUUUGUGAGCUCUGGUUUUCUUUGUACCCCUCCGUUAGCCGAUAUUUAAACAAUAGAUUUAUAACACAAGUGUGCAUAAACACUGUUUUCACUGUGUGUUCUUGUAGGGAUCACGGCAUCAUCAGGACCCUGGACUUGCCCAUCUAUGUGACCCGUGUAAGAGGAAACAGCGUCUACUGCCUGGACAGAGAGUGCAGGCCCCGAGUCCUCACCAUCGACCCCACAGAGUACCGCUUCAAACUGGCCCUGGUCAACCGCAAGUACGAUGAGGUGAGUCUUUGAUUUCCUGAGCUCUAACGUAUCCAUGGACUUUUAGGUCUCCCUUCCUUCAGUUCUAGAUCAUGUUUUCUGUCUUUGUCCCUCCAGGUGCUCCACAUGGUGCGUAAUGCAAAGCUGGUGGGUCAGUCCAUCAUCGCCUACCUGCAGAAGAAGGGUUACCCUGAGGUGGCUCUGCACUUUGUCAAAGACGAGAAGACUCGCUUCAGUCUGGCUCUGGAGUGUGGAAACAUCGAGGUGAGCUGCUGCUGCUGGGAAAACAGUUUCUAAUUUUGGACACCCACUUUUUUUCCCUCUUGGAGCUGUACCUCAGACUCUUCUUCGGCUUUCUGGGUCACUCCCCUGAACGUUUCUCUGUCCUCGUUCUCGCAGGUGGCUCUGGAGGCGGCUAAGGCCCUGGACGAGCGCAGCUGCUGGGAGCGUUUGGGUGAAGCGGCGCUGCUGCAGGGACACCACCAGGUCGUGGAAAUGUGCUACCAGAGGACUAAGAACUUUGACAAGCUCACCUUCCUCUACCUCAUCACCGGAAACCUGGCCAAGCUGCGCAAGAUGAUGAAGAUCGGUGAGAGAUGGAGGCUGAUUUCAUGUUCGGUUACAGGUUCGUGUAUCUUGGCUAACUAAUAUUUAACGUUUGUUUAUCUUUUUGUUUGUAGCUGAGAUCAGGAAGGACAUGAGCGGACACUAUCAGGCUGCUCUCUACCUGGGAGAUGUCAGUGAGAGAGUCCGCAUCCUGAAGAACUGUGGACAGAGUGAGUUCAAGAGUUCAGACAAAACAAUCGACCCGGACUUAAAGAAAAGAGAAUCAGUCAAUAAAGGAGAAAAUAACAUGCAAAAUCAUCCGUCUCUAGAGUCUCUGGCCUACCUGACUGCAGCCACUCAUGGACUGGAUGAAGAGGCUGAGGCCCUGAAGGAGACGUUUGACCCUGAAAAGGAGACGGUGUGUUGUGAAAACUCUCCCAUUACCUUUAACUUGUUUAACUUCUAAAGUCUUGAGCACUAGAUUACUAAAAGGACUUUUAACUACCUUUUUUAUUUAAAUAUUGUUGGAUCUUUGUCUUUCAGGUGCCAGAAGUUGAUCCCAACGCCCAGCUCCUGCAGCCACCUCCACCCAUCAACCCUCUGGACACUAACUGGCCUCUGCUCACCGUGUCAAAGGGCUUCUUUGAGGGAGCCAUCGCCGCCAAGGGUGAGUCAUCAGUCUAGACACAUUCAGACACUCAUUAGAUCUAAUAGAAUUAGAGUACAUAGAAGUACAGAGUGUUCUUGUUCCUGUCUGUGAAGACCCUAGAUCUGUUGUGACAUGUUUGAGUGAACAGUCCUGCGUUUAUGAAGCAGUGAGAAAAGUUUUCCAAGCAAAUAUAAUGAGUUGUUUAAGUUGUGGAAACGUGUAGGAGCUGAUUUCAUCUGAGUGAGAGAGUUGUUUUUCUGCUGUAGGUAAGGCAGGUCAGAUGGCCGCAGACCUGGACAUGGAGGCUCCAGGAGGAGAGGGCUGGGGAGAUGAUGCUGAGCUCCAGCUGGAUGAGGGUAAGUUCAGCAUCUCUGUGAAGAAGUAGUGAGAAGAUUGAGUGACAUAAGAGGCACAUCAGGAGUAACAUGCAUCUUUCCCCGUUUCUCAGAUGGUUUCAUGGAUGCCCAAGAAGGAUUAGGGGAUGAAGGAAUGGGCAAAGAAGAGGGAGGAGGCUGGGAGGUGGAGGAGGACCUGGACCUUCCUCCAGAGCUGGUAAGAGGAGCUACAAAAUAAACACAAGAAGAGUGUCUGUGUUUUUAAUAAUGGGUCUGCUACAGUCAUACAUUAAAUUCGUCUCCCUCCCGACUAUCAGGACGUACCUGCUGCAGGUGGAGGAGCAGAAGACGGCUUCUUCGUUCCACCCACCAAGGGCAUGAGUCCCACCCAGAUGUGGUGCAACAACUCCCAGCUGCCUGUGGAUCACAUCCUGGCUGGAUCCUUCGAAACCGCCAUGAGGGUGAGUACACAGAUCAACACUGGAUUCACAGUAAUUCAUCAUUUACUCUGACAGAGUUGUAUGCUGAGAUUUAAUGUUCAUUUUCUGUCCCACAGCUGCUCCAUGACCAAGUGGGAGUGGUAAGCUUUGGCCCCUACAAGACCCUCUUCAUGCAGACUCUGUCUCGAGGCCGCACCUGUUACCUGGGACUUCCCUCCCUGCCCUGCCUGCGUGGACAUCCUCAGAGAAACUGGAAGGUAUAAGACUUGUUCUCAUUUAGACUUUCACCUCUUUGAAAAAGCCCUCAUAGUUUGAAUAAUAGAGAUAAAUUUACCUUGUUUCUGUCGUUGUAAAAGCAGAUUAAAAACACACAAACACUGAUUUUGUUUCCCCUCAGGACUGCGGUGCAAAACAAGGACUGCCAGCUGUGGGCCUGCGCCUCUCUGACCUUAUCGCUCGCCUGCAGCAGUGCUACCAGCUGACUACAGCCGGCCGCUUUGAGGAAGCUGUGGAACGCUUCAGAGCCAUCCUCCUGUCUGUGCCUCUGCUGGUGGUUGAUAACAAGCAGGAGAUUGCAGAGGUCAGCAUGAAACACGCUGUGAUUUGCAGUCAGUUAAACUCCACAUGCAUCACAAAUCUUUGCAGAGUUUCCACCAUCGAAAUGCAGCUCAAGUUUGCACACUGGGGAUUUAGAAUGCAUCCUGAGCGGCUGUGAUCUGUGUGUUUUCAGGCUCAGCAGCUGAUCACUAUUUGCAGAGAGUACAUAGUGGGUCUGACCAUGGAGACGGAGAGGAAGAAGUUGCCUAAAGAUACUUUGGACCAGCAGAAGAGGCUGUGUGAGGUAAAAAUCUGUUCCAUGUCCGCCCAAAUGAUCACGACUCCUCCUUUGUUUCAUUAAAAGCCUAAUCUUCUCGUGUGUUUCCUUCACAGAUGGCUGCCUACUUCACCCACUGUAAUCUCCAGCCGGUCCACAUGGUGCUGGUGUUGCGUACAGCUCUUAACCUUUUCUUCAAGCUGCGUAACUUCAAGACGGCCGCGAACUUUGCACGCCGCCUGCUGGAGCUGGGGCCAAAGCCAGAUGUUGCACAGCAGGUGGGCAGUGUCACAAAGCGAUCGCUUAAUUUAGAAGACCGUUCCCAUUAUUAUUGUUCCAAAUCUGGUGACUUAUCAUGUCAAAUCUUUCCUCUCCAUUCAGACUCGUAAGAUUUUGGCAGCCUGUGAGAAGACUCUGACGGAUGCUCACCAGUUGAACUACGAUCCCCACAAUCCAUUUGACCUGUGCGCUGCCUCCUUUGUCCCUCUGUAUCGUGGGCGUCCCGUUGAGAAGUGCCCUCUGUCUGGAGCCUGCUACUGUCCUCCAUACAAAGGCCAAAUCUGCAGGGUCACACAGGUAGGGGAACAGAUGUGCACAUGUUGUAAAGCUUCUCAGAACCAUGAAUUGUGUUUAUUUUAUCUAUGUAAAGAGGCAACUAAUUAAGAUAAUAGCCGACAUAUGCAAAAUCAAAUUGCAGUUUUGUAAAAUCAAAAGUCUAAAUGCCACACAAAAGCUAUAAUAACAUUACCUUGUUCCCUCUAACCUUGAUUUUUUUUCUGUUUGUUAUCAGGUGACAGAGAUCGGUAAGGAUGUCAUUGGUCUGCGUGUGAGCCCUCUUCAAUUCCGCUAAGAGAAAACAGAGAUAAUAAGAAGACGAGUUCUGUUCAAACACAUCCACACUUACCCUGUAGAAAUAACACAUUUACUGAAAAGAGAAUUAAAAGCAGAGAUAUAUACAGUAUGCUCCCCUCACUGAUGUUAUAUCGCUGAAAUACUUUUAAAUGUCUUACUUUAUGCACCAUCUAUCUUGCUAAAAGCUUUUUCUUGUACUGUCAUCUCUGUCCUGUAGCUUCAUUAGAGCUGUAAACCUCUCUGAUCGCCCUUUCUGACUUGUGAGAGAUGAAUAAUUCAAUGUUCGCAGUUACUGCUCUAUGUAUCUGGGUGAAAAAGACAAUAAAAAUGCCUGUGUAAUCAUUGGGAACCA